CACAAAUCAACGCGAGCGGAUCUGCCCAACAACUACCGAUCUCCCAGUGGAUUAUUUACCAUGUUGCAUCUGCAACUGACUCUGCUCUCCUGCCUCUUGGUCCUGGCCAACUGUAAAAUCCAGAAACAGAUUCCGACAAACAGUUGGCGGGAUAUGCUUUUCGGCAGCAAGUGGCUAACUCCUGCACCACGUUGGCGCGAAUCCAAAUUUUUGCCCAUUUUCGCCCUGGUGCCCAUCGGUCCUGGCAGCUGUUCAGCGCCCUCCGGCGAACAGGGAAAUUGCAUUCCCAGCAAGGAUUGUGUACUGCGGAACGGCAUCCCGGCCGGUCCUUGUGGCGGUGGCUAUGGCGUCUGCUGCAUCUUUCUACAGACGUGCGGCGGUAUUAUACGAGAGAACUCCACUUACUUUGUGAAUCCCAAUCACCCGGAUGUCUACGAUGGCACUGGUAGUUGUCAGGUAACCGUUCAAAAACUGCAUCCGGACAUCUGUCAGCUGCGCUUGGAUUUGGAUAUGUUCUCGAUAGCUCCUCCAGAGGCAGCCAAUCAUCUGUGCAAUCAGGAUCAGUUGCUCAUAUCGGGCGGUAGUCCCACGCCCACCAUUUGUGGCAGUUCAACGGGAGAUCACAUGUACAUUGACGCGGGUCUUGGCCAGAGCAAUCCGAUUGUUUUGUCGGUGAUCACCAGCGGAAGUUUUCCGCGUCUGUGGCGAAUCCGCGUCACCCAAAUCCACUGUGGUAGCAUCAGUCGAGCGGACCAAGGCUGUCUGCAGUACUAUACGGCAAUUAGUGGUCGUGUGCGCAGCUUUAAUUACAACACGGUGGGUGGAAGACAACUGUCCAAUCAGGACUACAGCAUCUGCAUACGGAACGAGCGCAACUUUUGCGGCAUUCAGUACAACGCAUGUCCGGAUCUGGAGAACAACAGAUCCAGAUCGUUCACACUCACUGGGAACUCCAACAAUCCGGUGGCCACGAUGGUGGGUGGUGGUGGUGGCAUGCCACCAAACUUGAACGGUUGCACAAGCGAUUGGCUACUGAUUGGUUGCAUUCGAUCGGCGGACAGGAUUCCUCCUCUGCCUGGUUGCGAGGAUCGCGUCUGUGGAGGCACCUUUAGUGCGGAGGCCGGAAUGCUCGCCAAAACAGUGCAAUCAAGUGUUCGUCCUUUCCGGCUUUAUUUCCACACGGACGGAGUAGAAGCGCCGAAUGAUAUAGACAACCGAGGAUUUUGCCUUGAUUAUGUUCAGCAACCAUGCACAAAUGGCUUUUAGACACCAGCCCACAAGUAUGCAAUACUCUAAACACAAAAUCCACAUGACGAAUUCCACGCGACUAAAAUCGCAAGGAAAUUAUGAUUGGCGCUGCAAAAGUCGCAGGAAAAACGC